UAUUGGUUCAUUUUGAAAAAAAAUAAAAUAGAACCAAACCCUAUAUUUCUCUCUGAAAUAUAUUAAACUUUUUAAACUUUAAGACAUGAAGAAUAUAGGGUUACCACAACUAAGCCAAAACAGAAUUGCCCGAAAGAAAGAACUUUGGUCAAUUCUGGCUAGCUUAAUGUUUCUGUAUGGCAUAUAUGAGAAAUUCGUCCCAUAUCACUUUCAUAAACUUGUUAGAAAAUACAUUCAAAAAUUCAUUGGCUUCAUGUCCCCUUACAUGCAUAUAACCUUCCCUGAGUCUGUAUCACGACAGUGCCUCCAACGCAGCGACGCUUACUCAUGCAUCCUAACAUAUCUCAGUGCAAAUUCAUUGGAAAAUUCCAAAAGACUUAAAGCUGAAGUUGUUGCAAAUAGCCAAACUCCACUUGUCCUUACAAUGGAGGACGCUGAAGAGAUUGAAGAUAAAUUCCAAGGGGUAAAAGUUUGGUGGUUUUCUCAUAACACUCCUAAUGAUUCAAAUGAUAAAAUAUAUUUAACACUAACUUUCCAUAAAAAUUACCGUGAACUCAUCACUACCUCUUAUAUCAAACAUGUGUUGGAAGAAGGAAAAGCUAUUAAAUUGAAGAACAGGAAGCUUAAGCUUUACACAAACAACCCUAGCAAUGAUUGGUGGAAACCAAGAAGCAGCAAGUGGAGCCAAACAACUUUUGAACACCCUGCAACAUUUGAAACACUUGCUAUGGACCAAGAGAAGAAAGAAGAGAUUAUAGAUGAUCUUAUUAAGUUCAAAUCAGGAAAAGAUUACUAUGCUAAAGUUGGAAAGGCUUGGAAACGUGGUUAUCUACUUUACGGACCGCCCGGAACUGGAAAAUCUACUAUGAUAUCUGCUAUUGCUAAUUUUAUGAACUAUAAUGUUUAUGAUCUUGAGCUAACAACUAUCAAGGAUAACAAUGAGUUGAAAAGACUUUUGAUUGCGACGUCGAGCCAAUCCAUUAUUGUAAUUGAGGACAUUGAUUGUUCUAUUGAUCUCACUGGCCAAAGGACAAAGGAUGAGAAGGAAGACAAAGAUGGUAAUGGUAAAGAAAGUAAUGUAACUCUUUCUGGUUUGUUGAAUUUUAUUGAUGGAAUUUGGUCUGCAUGUGGAAGUGAGAGGAUCAUAAUUUUCACAACAAAUUUUGUGGACAAACUUGAUCCUGCUCUUAUUAGGAGGGGAAGGAUGGAUAAGCAUAUUGAAAUGUCUUAUUGUAGCUAUCAAGCUUUCAAGGUUCUUGCAAAGAACUAUUGGGAUAAUGAUUCUGAUCAUGUUUUGUUUCCAAUUAUUCAAAAAUUAUUGGGAGAGGUUAAUAUGACACCUUCUGAUGUUGCUGAGUCUCUGAUGCCAAAGUCCAACACAGAAGAUUUUGAGGCUUGCUUGAAGAAUCUAAUUCAAUCUCUUGAGAGUGUAAAGAAAAAGGAAGAGGAGGAGGCAAAGAAAAAGGAAGUUCAGCUGAAGGCAAUGAAGGCUAAUGGAAAAUCUGCAGAAGAAGUGAAGGACAAUGGUGCCAUCUAUUAGUUUGGAUAUGGUAUGAAGUAUCCACCACUGGUUCUAUCGCUAUCGGGGAAUAUGUUAAGCACAGUAGUAUUGUCAAAGCUGGAAGUUUGCAAAAUAAGAGAACGAGUGUCAAUGAACAAUCAAAAGACAAAAGCCCUAGCAAGAGGACGGAAGAAAGGCGGAACCAAAAGGAGAUAAGGCUUCUCAAAACAAUUAGGAAGGAUCAAAAUAAAUUGCUUGUCAGUUUCACUAACUUUAAACACACCAGAUUUUAAUUUGGCCUCAUUCUUGAAUGGAUAACCAAACAUCUGGUUCCUACAGUUGUCCCUAGAGACCAUUCUCUUGAGUUGCCAGCCAAAGCCUACUACUGUUGUUACUCACCCAUCAACCUCCUCCUCGUGUGAUGAUUCCUCCUCUUCGGAGUGGCAUUGUGGCUCUUUUAUUUCUUUUUGCUGCUGACUAAAUUCAGGGGGAGCAAAAUUAUGAAAAUUGUUUUGUCAUAUGUUUUGCCUUAGGAGGGUUACUGUUUGCUUGUUUCUUAAUGA